AAACACACAUAAUGUAAAAUUUAACAUCUUAACUCCUCUUUAAGUUCAGUGGUGCUGAGUACAUACACGUUGUGUGUAACCACCACCACCACCAUACAUCCCAAACCCUUCUUAGCUUGUAAAACAGAAAGUCUAUAUCCAUUAAACAAUGCCCCGUUCUCCCUGAUGCCCCAGCUCCUGGCAGCCAUUCUACUUUCUGUCUCUGUGUUUGACUACUCUAGCAACCUCAUAUAAGUGGAAUCAUCUACUCUUUAGCUUAUUCCCUGAACAUAAUGUUCUCAAGGUUCAUACCUGAUGCCUUUAUCGAGAGUGCCCUUCAUUGCCCGACUUUGCACAGGAAGGCAGAGCCAGAGACGGGUGUCUUGGCUCUUAGAAGCUACUUCAGUUAGUAAAGCCUGACGUUUUGUACAGUAAGUGUUGGUAAUAUCAACCUCACAAUAAGAUACAGAGUGAUUAUAUUAAUCAGUAUAUUAAAGCAAUAAACAAAGGGUAAUAGGAUUAAACCAGGACCUUCUUGGCUAGAAUACUUUCCUUUUAUCAUACAACAAUUUAGAAUGUUUCAUACAUAUGUAUCUUUAAAUAGGAUGAAGCCUAUUUUUUUAAUCUUUACACGAGGAUAUGUUUAUUGAUUUUAGAGAGAGAAGAAGGAGAGAGAGGGAGAGAAAUAUUGAUGGGAGAGAGAAACAUCAAUCUGAUGUCUCCUGUACGUGGCCCAUCCGGGGAUCGAACCCACAACCUAGAGCAGUUCAGAGCCCCCAGCUGCCGAAGACUUGUCCUGUCACCACCAUGAGCUCUGAAUGUGACGUUGGCGCUUCUAAAGCCGUGGUGAACGGGUUGGCACCAGGCAGCAAUGGGCAGGACAAAGACAUGGAUCCUACAAAAGUCUGCACCGGGAAGGGAGCCGUGACUCUCCGGGCCUCGUCCUCCUACAGGGACACCCCAAGCAGUAGCCCCGUGAGCCCUCAGGAAACCCCACAGCACGAAAGCAAACCGGGUCUGGAGUCAGAGGACCCCUCCGCAGAUGAGUGGAGGCCUUCUUCCAAUGCUGAUGCCAAUGGAAACGCCCAACCCUCUUCACUCGCUGCCAAGGGCUACAGAAGUGUGCACCCCAACCUUCCUUCCGACAAGCCCCAGGACUCCAGUCCUCUGCUAAAUGAAGCUUCUUCAUCACGCGCUGGCGCCGAGUCCCACACCUUUGCACCAGUUCGCAAGCCGUCAUCGGCCUACCCCUCCACGACAAUUGUCAACCCCACUAUCGUGCUCUUGCAGCACAACAGAGAACAGCAGAAACGACUCAGUAGCCUUUCAGAUCCUGCGUCAGAAAGAAGAGUGGGAGACCAGGACUCGGCACCAAUCCAGGAAAAACCCACCUCUCCUAGCAGGACUACUGAGAAAAAGGCCAAGGAUGACAGGCGGGUGGUUAAGAGCGCUCAGGACCUAAGCGAUGUGUCAAUGGACGAAGUGGGCAUCCCGCUCCGGAACACCGAGAGAUCAAAAGACUGGUACAAGACCAUGUUUAAACAGAUCCACAAACUAAACAGAGAUGAUGAUUCAGAUCUGUACUCUCCUCGAUACUCCUUUUCUGAAGACACCAAAUCUCCCCUUUCUGUGCCUCGCUCAAAAAGUGAGAUGAACUACAUUGACGGUGAGAAGGUAGUGAAGAGGUCCGCCACUCUUCCCCUCCCGGCCCGCUCUUCCUCACUCAAAUCCAGCCCAGAAAGAAACGACUGGGAGCCCCCAGAUAAGAAAGUGGAUACAAGAAAAUACCGUGCAGAGCCCAAAAGCAUUUACGAGUAUCAGCCGGGCAAGUCCUCCGUUCUGACCAACGAAAAGAUGAGUCGGGAUAUAAGCCCAGAAGAGAUAGAUUUAAAGAAUGAACCUUGGUAUAAAUUCUUUUCGGAAUUGGAGUUUGGGAAACCGCCUCCCAAAAAGAUAUGGGAUUAUACUCCUGGAGACUGCUCUAUCCUUCCUAGAGAGGAUAGAAAGACUAAUCUAGAAAAAGAUCUCAACCUCUGCCAAACAGAGUUAGAGGCAGAUUUAGAAAAAAUGGAGACGCUUAACAAAGCCCCCAGUGCAAACCUGUCACAGAGCUCAGCAAUCAGCCCCACUCCGGAUAUUUCUUCAGAGCCUCCUGGAUAUAUAUAUUCUUCCAACUUCCAUGCAGUGAAGAGGGAGUCAGAUGGGGCUCCCGGGGAUCUCGGAAGCUUGGAGAACGAGAGACAGAUUUAUAAAAGCGUCUUGGAAGGUGGAGACAUCCCGCUCCAGGGCCUCAGUGGGCUCAAGCGACCCUCCAGCUCGGCCUCCACUAAAGUGGAUCGUAAAGGUGGGAAUGCUCACAUGAUUUCUUCAUCUUCAGUUCAUAGCCGAACGGUUAACACUAGCAAUGCAUUAGGCCCUAUGUGUAAGCACAAGAAACCCCUGUCCGCUGCAAAAGCCUGCAUUUCGGAAAUCCUCCCCUCCAAGUUCAAACCCAGGCUCUCUGCUCCCAGCGCUCUUUUGCAGGAACAGAAGAGUGUCCUGUUGCCAUCAGAAAAGGCUCAGAGCUGUGAGAACCUUUGCGUUUCGGUUUCUUUGAAUGAUUCCAAGAGAGGGCUCCCACUCCAAGUCGGGGGGAGCAUCGAGAACCUGCUCAUGCGCUCCCGGCGGGAUUACGACAGCAAGUCCAGCAGCACCAUGAGCCUGCAGGAGUACGGCACCAGCGCCAGGAGGCCCUGCCCUCUCUCAAGGAAGGCUGGGAUGCAGUUCUCCAUGCUUUACCGGGACAUGCACCAGAUCAACCGAGCUGGCCUCUUCCUGGGAUCUGCCUCUUCCUCCAGCGUGCGCGACCUUGCCUCCCACUUUGAAAGGAGCAGCCUGGCCUUGGCCAGGGGGGAGCUGGGCCCCAGCCAGGAGGGCUCUGAGCACAUCCCCAAACACACUGUCUCCUCCCGCAUCACGGCUUUUGAGCAGUUGAUUCAGAGGUCGCGGUCCAUGCCAUCCCUGGACCUGUCCGGCAGGCUGAGCAAGUCCCCCACGCCUGUGCUGUCCCGGAGCGGCCUGACCUCAGCCCGCUCCGCCGAGUCCCUCCUGGAGUCAACUAAGCUCCGGCCCAGGGAGAUGGACGGAAUGAACCCCAGUGGGGUCUAUGCCUCCCCGACAUGCAGUAAUAUGGGGGACCCCACCUUGGGCUUCAGGGGCCUGGCACCUUCAGAGCCCCUCUCCACCUGCUCGGACGAGCUCGACCACUGCUCGAACAUCUCCAGUGACAGCAGGGAGGGCAGCGGCGGCAGCGUCCAUGGAGACUUCCCCAAACACCACCUCAACAAGUGCAAGGGCACCUGCCCGGCCUCCUACACCCGCUUCACCACCAUCCGGAAGCAUGAGCAGCAGCAGACAUCCAGACUGCCUGACUGGCGCCCAGAUUCCAGAGGGGACAGGAGCACGCUCCUCAGGAACAUCUACCUAAUGAGCCCCCUCCCCUUUCGGUUGAAAAAGCCCCUCCAGCACCACCCCAGACAACCUUCCCCAGGCGACUUCUCCGGCCCGCCGCUGGGCCGGAAGCCAGACCUCCCCAGUCAGCCCCAUCAGGACGAGCCCCGCUCCAGGGGGAAGCCCUCGGUCCCCAAACGCCUGUCUUCGCGACACACCAUGGCCAGGCUGAGCCGGGUCUCAGAGCCCCCUCAGGAGAGACCCACGGUCCCCGAGGACUGCCCAAGGGCCUUUAGUAAUGGGAACUCUGUGCCGUACUCAGACCACGGUCUGGACAGAAACAACAACCCACAAAGUGAACUGGGACCAUCCCUUGGAGAUUCAGAAUCACCAAGACAUUUUGUCCCCGCUGACUACUUGGAAUCCACAGAAGAAUUCAUUCGAAGACGUCAUGAUGAUAAAGAGAAACUUUUAGCGGACCAGAGACGACUUAAGCGCGAGCAAGAAGAGGCCGAUAUUGCAGCUCGGCGCCACACGGGUGUCAUUCCAACGCACCACCAGUUUAUCACUAAUGAGCGCUUUGGGGACCUCCUCAAUAUAGACGAUACGGCAAAAAGGAAAUCUGGGUCAGAGAUGAGACCUGCCAGAGCCAAAUUUGACUUUAAAGCUCAGACACUAAAGGAGCUUCCUCUGCAAAAGGGAGACAUUGUUUACAUUUAUAAGCAGAUUGAUCAGAACUGGUACGAAGGAGAGCACCACGGCCGGGUGGGCAUCUUCCCGCGCACCUACAUCGAGCUUCUUCCUCCUGCAGAGAAGGCUCAGCCCAAAAAGUUGCCACCAGUGCAGAUUUUGGAAUAUGGAGAGGCCAUUGCUAAAUUUAACUUCAAUGGUGAUACGCAAGUAGAAAUGUCCUUCAGGAAGGGUGAGAGGAUCACGCUGCUUCGACAGGUGGAUGAGAACUGGUACGAAGGGAGGAUCCCAGGGACAUCCCGGCAAGGCAUCUUUCCCAUCACCUAUGUGGACGUGAUCAAAAGGCCACUGGUGAAAAACCCGGUGGAUUACAUCGACCUGCCUUACUCCUCCCCAAGUCGUAGUACCACCGCGAGCCCACAGUUUCCCAGUCACAGCAAGCUCAUCAUGCCAGCCCCCUCAUCUCUGCCUCCCCCCCACCGAGCUCUGUCCCCUGAGAUGCAAGCUGUCACCUCUGAGUGGAUCUCCCUGACUGUAGGGGUCCCAGGCCGGCGUCCUCUGGCCCUGACCCCACCUCUGCCUCCUCUGCCGGAGGCAUCUGUCUAUCGCACUGACCACAUUGCCUCGUUGGCAAGGCCCAGUCCCUCCCUGUCCUUCAGCCUCCCCUAUUCGAGUUGGUCAGAUCGUUCCACCCCCGGCUCGACGGUUUCCCCGCUGGCCCUCCCUGCCCCCCAAAAAGCCUACUCCGUGGCUCCCAGUGCCCAGGCCUCCCUUCAUGUCAACGGAGACAGUGGUAUCCACAUGCCACCUUCAGGGUUCCAGCAGGACAGCUACUCCCAGCCGCUACUUGGGAGCUCAGAUAGAGUCAUCUCAGAGCUCAGCAACGCCUUUAGCAGCCAGGGUAAGCAGCAGCCGUGGCCAGAAGAAAGCAGACAGUAUGAGAGGAAAACAGAGAGGGAGGCAGGUGAGAGGUGCCCUGGUGGACCCAAGAUCUCUAAGAAGAGCUGCUUGAAACCAUCAGACGUGGUCAGGUGCCUGAGCACCGAACAGAGACUCUCAGACCUCCACAGCCCAGAGGAGAGCCGGCCCGGCAAGCCCCUGGGUGGCCCUUUUCCGGGAAGGGAGGCUGAGCAGACAGAGCCGCGUAGAGGUGGCGAGCAGGCUGAGCGGAAGGCUGCUCGGACUGGUACGAGCCAGCAACCUCAAGCCCAGCAGCGAAGAGUCACCCCAGACAGGAGUCAUGCCUCCCAAGAUUUAUUUAGCUACCAAGCAUUAUAUAGCUAUAUACCACAGAACGAUGAUGAGUUGGAACUCCGAGAUGGAGAUAUUGUUGAUGUCAUGGAAAAAUGUGACGACGGAUGGUUUGUUGGUACUUCAAGAAGGACAAGGCAAUUUGGUACUUUUCCAGGCAACUACGUAAAGCCUUUGUAUCUAUAAGAAGACUGAAAAUCACAGAGAUGAUUUUUAUUGGAGGAUGAAGCGUAAUUCAUGACCGGUCUCUUUAUUUAAAAUUUGAGUCAGUAGGGAAAGUAAUGCAGUGGAUAAAGUAAGAAGCAAAAGAGAGGGACAGAGAAGUGUGUUGUGUUUAAAACUGAAGCCUGUCUAAGCUUACUGUGUAUCAGACAGGCCUGAACCAUGUGCUGAGCAGAAAGGAAUGAGGCAAAUCUGUAUCUACUUAGCUGCUCUGGGAGCCACUCCAGCCCUCCCCUCCUCUCCCCAUCUUAGGUAAUCUGACCUGUAGCCCAGUCCAGGGGCGGUGAGGCCAGAAAUGCCUCCUCCUGCUGCACCCUUGACCAGCUCCAUCCCUAGGGGUCUCUGCGCUUCGCCUGAAGCGGCCCUCAGUGCCAGGCAGCUUCCCAGCCAUUCUCCAAAGGCUCCACAGAGCCCCACUCCUCGCCACUCGGAGCCCCCGAUCCCCCAACACUGCUGGGGAUCUGUCUGGGCUGCCGAGGCCCCCAAACUACCGAAGACCGAGUCCCUCACUGGACCUGCUGGGGUUUGUGGAGCAGCGGAGGCAAAAGUUAGGCGCUCUGUGUGUCUAGCCUGCAUGCGGCAUUGCCACCAACCCCCCUGGUGUUCAGACAGAAAAGCACAGAAGGCUGGCCUGUGGGAGCCGGUGGCCAUCAGAUAGUUAAAUGUCUAUGUCGGAGUGACUUCAGUCAAGAAGCCCUGAUAGCGUUUGAGGUCGCAGGCAGUGUGCUGCUUUCCAUAGCACGGGUGUUCACACACAGUCACUUUCAGGGCAGCAGUUUCAUUUAUCAAUGCCAUUGCUAACCUUUCUCUUCUGGAUUGUUUUUGGCCAGACAGUUUGAGGUUGAUAGGCCUGUUCUCAGAGAACCGAGGAUGGCGGUGUUAAGUGACUCAUUUAACACACACGGGUGCACACUGGAUGCCGGGGCCGCCGAUGAGCAAGGCGUGCUUGGAGCCGAGAAGACACUCACCGGGUCUCCAUUUUUACUCCCUGUAGGAGUUCAAAGGCCAUUCAAAAUGUAGUCACCCAGGGUUAUGAAUCCCGCUGCAGCCUGGUGAGGCUUCUCUUCAGAGCCUAGGUGCAGAUGCAGCAGCCCCAGGCAUGGGGAAGCAAUUCUGCCGCCCCCAGGAGGUCAGAGCCAAGCCGGGGCCCCUGCGACACCUGGCAUGUUCAGUCACAACUCUACCCAAUUCAAGGAUGUUUAUGGGCCUCUCUGUUAGACCCCUUGGAGAAUGAAAGAUAGAAAUGACCCAUUCCCUGCCUGUUGGGAACUCAGAGGUGAUUGGGGAGACAGAUACACACACACAUAUAAGAGAGAUUGUGAUAUGUGCUGAGAAGGGUAUGAGAGAGGAAGAGGUGAACUUUGCCUGGAGGAAUCCUAGAAAGCAUUGUCACAUUUCUGUCUCCAUUAGCUCACUGUUGAACAACUAGGAUGCCAGAAGGACCUUUGCCUGAGGGUACUUUAUGGCUGAAAGUACUUGGAACUGUUUCCAGAGUCUUAAAACUCUCACCCUCCCCACAAAUACAUCCAUGGUCGCAAAUGGGAAUAACAAUUCCAAGUGCUAGGGUGUGUACAGGAAUCCUGGCUCUCCGCAUAUAGCUCAGAAUUGCCAUUGGACUUGUCCCAAAGUCUGGAGUCUAUAUAAGUAGGCAAAGUUUGUCUUCAGUGUCCCUGCCUCAGCCUCUGUCUCCACUACUCAUCUUAGGAUCCCAUCAGUUGCCCACAGUACCCUCACUUCUCUCCCUGUCUUCUUUGUAAAUCCUGCUCACUGACUUAUUCACACUAAAGUGUAAAUGACUGAUAUGAGGAAUGUGUCACCUGUUCCCAGAGACACUUGUUUUUAACUACAGCAGAGCCUUAAUCCCAAAGGAAGAUUGUGGAACUGACGGUAGAGGUGAGGUGGGGGUGCAGGCUAGGAGGAGGAGCUUUCUGGGUGGAGAUUCCUUAGAUAAGAUUCACUGCUUUGGAAGGUCCACUCCACCACCCCAGGACACUUUUGGACUCCGAGGGAAUAUAGUCCUAGUGUGUGUGCACAGGCAUUCGCACAGCAGCAUUUCACCCAUUUUGAAAUGUAAUUCUUGUAUUGGCCGAUGUGUUUCCUGGUCUUUCUUAGAUGCAAACCAUUAAUAUCAUGAUCUCAUCUAAUAGUUUUUUGAGGGGUGCUUCUUGAUUAAGUAGGUAAUUUUGAACACCUCUUUAAAUACAGCUAGAAAAUAAAACCAAUUUGUAAAGCCACAUUUGCAUAUGAUGCCAGCCUCACGCAUUUGUAUAUCUUCAGAAACCCAGAUAUGCCUCACUAAUUUGCCCGUCUUUAAUAAAAUCAUGUUAAAAUUUGCAUCAAA